AUGGAUUUGCGGCUCCAGUGGAGGCCAAGCUGGCUGAAGGCUGUGCUGCGCUAUGGCCCAAACCGAAGGAGGCCCCGGAGAAAGAAAAGCGCCCAGGCACCGUCGCUCGUGCUCCGGGUGGCAUUGCCAAACUCUUCGUCGCCUGGGCUGGAGACUGCCGGUGUGUCCUUCUUCGUGGGCGUCAAGGACUCCGGAUAUCGGAGGAUCACAGACCCCAACGUGCUGAUGAGAAGCGGCGGGUUGAAAAAGCCGGUGGACUCGUCGUUCGAGAUGCGCACAAAGUGUGGCGCGUCGGACCGCGGCCGGACAACAAGUUCGCCAAGGAAUUGCAAAAGGUGCCAAAGAACGUAG